AUGCAGGAGCACGAGUGGGCCAUAACUCACUUGGUAGAGCUAUCAGCCAGAUACAUUCCAGCAUUUUCAGGUGGUGUUGGAAUAAGUGGGCCUUCUUUUGUGAAAAAUAACACAUUGUUAGAAAAGCCACAAACUCGGAGCCCAUCGGACAUUUUGUCAUUAUUGAAAAAACCUCAGCAGUCUGACACUGUACAAGACCAGACUUCAGGACAAAUGCCUUGUCGAAAUAACGAUGUCACUACAGGAUAUGCAAAUAGCUCUCAGGGGCCCAGCACGGAGCAUGUCCUGUCACCUUGUGAUCAAAAUCCAAGAAUGUCUGCAGGGUCAAAUUUGGGUGGUGGCACAGCACCAGUGGUAGAGAAGUCAGCAUAUCAGAUGGCAGCUCACAGGGGAUUAGAAAACCAAGAACCCCAGUCUUCUAAGUAUUAUUCAGUGGUGUGGUGUAAGCGCUCAAAUAAAAAGCACAAGAAAUGGGAAGGAGAUGCUAUCCUAAUUACCAAAAGCAGAUCAGUAAUUCUCAAGGACACUGAGGGUAAGGAAAUUGGGCGAGGUUCAGGAUAUAAAUUAUCGGAUUUAGCUCAGCUUGAAGAAGGCAACACACUCCCUAUAGGAGGCAAAGAGGUUGAGAUACAGGGUGUUAUCUCGGCCAGCGAUUACAUAAGUGGUCGUUGCUUCCAGGGACUCGUUUUACCUGUGGAGGCACCUGACACCAAACCAGUUGUGUCAGCAUUACCCAAACCGAAACCUUUCAAACUCCCUACUUUGAAUAAGAUUUCUCAUAGUAACACGGCUUCUCAAGGUACUACAACUCCCUUGUAUGAUCCAUCAAAUCCCGAUGCCCUCGUCUUACCCAGACCACCACCUAACCACCAGUUUACAGGCUUAGUACAUUUUAAUCCAACCAAACCUUUAGUUUUAAAGAUUCUAGAGUGGCUUGUCAUCCUUGAGCGCAGAGGUAUCAGAGUGGAAUUUUGCUGGGUUCCAGCACAUGUUCGAGUGCGUGGAAAUGAAGAGGCUGUUAAUUGGCUAAAACAGCUGCAGCAGAACUACUUCCAAGGAGAUGUCCAACAUUACACAGUGAUUUCUGGCCGAAUAUCAGGUGGUCUCUGUGAUAUUUGGCAACAGGGUUGGGACUCUUCAGACUAA